UGGACUGUUGUCCUUCUCGAAUAAGAAACAGAUUUGUGAUCUGACUGACAGGGUUGAAGUUCUGCUUUAUUCCAUUGAAAUGUUUGUUUACAGACUUUGAUCUGAGUUUAGAAACGGUUCAUGCUGCUUGUUUGUUUGUUGUUGUUUCUCUAUGAACUCGCUCAGACGUUCCUGAAGUGUUUUUGAAAUGGUGUCGAUGCUCAUAGUGACACAUAAGCAUAAGUCAUGUUUUUCUCAUCUGAAGUAUUUUAAAGUGCCUCUUGUAAGCGUUACGGAUGUUUAUCAUGAUGACAUCAUCAUUCAGCAAUAGUGUCCAGUCUCAUUUCAAAGCUGUCGGCCUGUUGAGAUUUGUUUUCUUUUAUUGAUGUUGUUUUAUGUAUUUGCAGCAAAGAUGAUCUGAGUGAUGUGGAUGAUGUGUGGAAUAACUCACAGGACGGUGACAUUAACAAAGUGUGUUUGAAUGAGGAUAAGAGAUGAGGACUUUCAGAUUGUGUGUUGUUGUGUGUUUAAACUCUGUGAAACUGUCAUGGCUGUGGACUGUUGUUGUUUACUGACACGAUGACAUGUGAGAUGUUGCAUGAAUAUCAUGGAUCUGAACAUGAAGAUACGGAUCAGUUUAACUCUGCCGAGUCAAGCCGUGUACAUUCACCCGUGUCUCAGAGAGAGAUUUCUGUCAUUUUUAUUUCUAAGAGGUGAAUACAAAGAAUAUUCAAACUGUUUACUGACUUAUUCGUUUUAAUAAAUGGCAAUAAAGCUCUGGAUUAAACAUGACAUUGACGUCUAAAUAAAUAAUGGUUUGGACAGAAUGUUAUAUCUGUGCGUCUCAGUGUUUUGCUUCAGGAUUCAACAGUGAUAUGAUGUGUAGUUGGGAUCUUUGUUCUGAUGAACACAGAGAAAGAUAUUUGGAAUAAUGCUUAUAAGCAGACAGAUUGACUCCCAUAGUAGGAAAAAAAUAACGGUAGUCAAAAGUGCCCCAGAACUGUCUGCUGUCCUGCAUUCUUCAAAAUGUCAAUAUUCAACAGAACAAAAAUAAAAGAUAAAGUAAUUUUUCCCACUAUAACUGUGUUGUUGUGGACAGUGAUGUUCUGCUUCCUAUGAUUUCAGGUUCUAUAAACCAGUAAAUGUCAAGAUAACAGGGUGGUUGUUGAGGGUGAGGAUGAAUGUAACUCAAUUAUUGUAAUUAAAUAUCCAAUAAAUAACUUAACGGUCAUUUGGCUGUAUCUGUGCCACACGUUUGUGUAAUAAAACUUGCUUUGUAUCAUAACAGGCACUGUCUGCAAAGUUAUAAGCAACUUUAUUUUGUGUAAGUGGUUUUAAAAAAUUUGACAUGUAGAUUUUUUAAAUAUAAUUAUUAUAUUACUUUAUACAUUUAAAUGUGUUUUUUCUCUCUAUUUGUACUCCAUUAUAAAAACAAAAGUCUGGCUUUAGCAAUUACCCCUGUAGCUGUGUCUGCCAAAGAGUGAGUUUGUUGAUUAUUCUCACAGGAUUGACAAAAUCAUGAGGUGAAAUGUUUGCUCUUGAGUCUGUUUAAGACACUUUUGUACUUUUUUCACUCUGCAGAUGUAAAGUUAAAGUUUUUAAAGAACUUUGUGGGUGUGUUGAUCUCAGUGUGCGGACAAAAUACUAUUAAAAUUGUGUUAAACUUUUUUCUAAAUGGGACAUUGUUUUAUAUUUACCAUUAGUAAUAUAUAAAUAUUAAAUAAUAUAUAUAAAUAUAAAUAUAUAUAAAUAUUAAAUAUAAAUAUAUAAAAAUAUAAAUAUAUAUAAAAUGGUAUAAAUACUAUUAGUUCUUAAAGUGUUGAGAUUAUUGAGAUGAAUUGAACUUUUGUCCAACAAUUUGGAUUGUAUUAUGUAGAGAGGUCACGUUCCCGGUGCCAUAGCAACGCGGGCAAAACACUUAAACGGCGUCUUAUUAUUAUAUGAAUUACUAGAGAUGACGCGUUCUCCUUUAUUACGUCACUCAGAAAGUCUUUAAGACCCACAGGCAGAGACAGAUUUGUCAUUUCUCUUCACAGCACAACCGAUUCAACAUAUAACAGCGACCAACAGAUAUCCAGAGCAAAUGGCGAAAACUCAACGAUCUCGAUUAGGAAAAGUGUUUUAUGAAUUAUUUUGUUUGCCUGUUAUUCUCGACUGCCAUUGCGAGGAGUGUGAACCGAGAGGAUCUCCUGAGCUCGACAUCUUGAGCGUUUUAACUGAAUCUGAAGUGUUUGUCACAGCACAAACAAGCCUGAUCUCACUAAUGGAAGAUAACAAACAAGACAACGUGGAGAUUGUUCCCCGUAAAAAGGGAAAGUGGAAAAAGAGGCUAAAAGUGGUCAAAGAUUUCUUUUGUGAGCCAGUUAUCCUCGACUGCUCAUGUGAGGAGUGUAAGCUAAAAGAAUCUUCUGAGAUCAAGUCCAAGAUUAUUGAUGAAGAAUCCGAGGUGUACGUCACAGCGCAAACCAGCUUGACGUCACUUGUUGAAGAUAACACACAAGACACCGAGGAGGUUUUCUUCGACUGCUUAAGCGAGUUGUGUAGUCCUGAAGCAUCUCCUGAGCUCGACUCCCAGAGCAUUGAUGAAGAAUCCGAGGUGUACGUUACAGCGCAAACAAGCUUGAUCAAACUUGUCGAAGUCAAUGCCACACAAGACAACGUGGAGAUUGUUCCCCGUAAAAAGGGAAAGUGGAAAAAGAGGCUAAAAGUGGUCAAAGAUUUCUUUUGUGAGCCAGUUAUCCUCGACUGCUCAUGUGAGGAGUGUAAGCUAAAAGAAUCUUCUGAGAUCAAGUCCAAGAUUAUUGAUGAAGAAUCUGAGGUGUACGUCACAGCGCAAACCAGCUUGACGUCACUUGUUGAAGAUAACACACAAGACACCGAGGAGGUUUUCUUCGACUGCUUAAGCGAGUUGUGUAGUCCUGAAGCAUCUCCUGAGCUCGACUCCCAGAGCAUUGAUGAAGAAUCCGAGGUGUACGUUACAGCGCAAACAAGCUUGAUCAAACUUGUCGAAGUCAAUGCCACACAAGACAACGUGGAGAUUGUUCCCCGUAAAAAGGGAAAGUGGAAAAAGAGGCUAAAAGUGGUCAAAGAUUUCUUUUGUGAGCCAGUUAUCCUCGACUGCUCAUGUGAGGAGUGUAAGCUAAAAGAAUCUUCUGAGAUCAAGUCCAAGAUUAUUGAUGAAGAAUCUGAGGUGUACGUCACAGCGCAAACCAGCUUGACGUCACUUGUUGAAGAUAACACACAAGACACCGAGGAGGUUUUCUUCGACUGCUUAAGCGAGUUGUGUAGUCCUGAAGCAUCUCCUGAGCUCGACUCCCAGAGCAUUGAUGAAGAAUCCGAGGUGUACGUUACAGCGCAAACAAGCUUGAUCAAACUUGUCGAAGUCAAUGCCACACAAGACAACGUGGAGAUUGUUCCCCGUAAAAAGGGAAAGUGGAAAAAGAGGCUAAAAGUGGUCAAAGAUUUCUUUUGUGAGCCAGUUAUCCUCGACUGCUCAUGUGAGGAGUGUAAGCUAAAAGAAUCUUCUGAGAUCAAGUCCAAGAUUAUUGAUGAAGAAUCUGAGGUGUACGUCACAGCGCAAACCAGCUUGACGUCACUUGUUGAAGAUAACACACAAGACACCGUGGAGGUUUUCUUCGACUGCUUAAGCGAGUUGUGUAGUCCUGAAGCAUCUCCUGAGCUCGAAUCCCAGAGCAUUGAUGAAGAAUCUGAGGUGUACGUCACAGCGCAAACAAGCUUGAUCAAACUUGUCGAAGUCAAUGCCACACAAGACAACGUGGAGAUUGUUCCCCGUAAAAAGGGAAAAUGGAAAAAGAGGCUAAAAGUGGUCAAAGAUUUCUUUUGUGAGCCAGUUAUCCUCGACUGCUCAUGUGAGGAGUGUAAGCUAAAAGAAUCUUCUGAGAUCAAGUCCAAGAGCAUCGAUGAAGACUCUGAGGUGUACGUCACAGCGCAAACCAGCUUGACGUCACUUGUUGAAGAUAACACACAAGACACCGAGGAGUGACGCAGAGCAGCGGACUUCUCCCUUCUGAUGGCGGAUCCCCCUCGGUGAGUGGACUCUUCCUCAGUGGCGGAUUUCUCCUCCGGAGCGCAGACUUCCCCUUGGCGUCUCAGCAGCGAGCUAUAGAUUUAGAAGAGCAGGUCUUUUUCAGGAGCAAUAUUCUCACAGUUUCCACUCUCAUCCAGGAGAGUGUUGCCGCAACCCCGCAACCCCGUCUGUUCCCUUGGCGUGACCGCCUCCACGGCGAGGUUGAACGCUUCAGCGAACGUCGGGGGUGAUCGGGGAUUCCCGUGUUUGUCAUUCCGCCAGCUUCGGCAUUCAUGCCCCGACACGCUCACCUGGCUCGUCCCCGAUGGACGGUGGUGACCGUCCCAUAUCGGACAAGACUCGACAACGUGCUCUGUCAUAACAUCUGAUAGCUACCUCCAGUCAUCAGAUGCGAAGCCCCUUGGAGCUCCCGCCUUCGGGAGGUCGAGCCCAAGAGGAGGCAUCGCAGAGAUGACGGCCGUGCUUCCCCGGGCCGGAGAUGCACGUUGAGCUCACUAGACGUGGAGUAUGCCGUUUGCGGCUUGCUCUUGUCUGCUGCGAAGCCCCUUAGAGCUCCUGCCUCUGGGCGGUCGAGCUCAGGAGGCAACGCAAAAGUGAGGGCCGUGCUUCCCCGGACUUCCCCGGAGAUCCACGUGGAGCUCAUUAGACGUCGGGUAUCCCGUCCGCGGCGUGCUCCUGUCUGAAGGGCUCAGGGAGCUAUUAUUUUCCUGGACAGUGAGGUAGCUAAGGGCAAUGUUGACCACCCAGGUGGUCUAGCGGCCCUGGUGCUCCACUGACGCUGCCACUUGGAGGAGUCGACAAAGUCUCCCAAGCUGCUUUCACCCUCCACGCUAUGGCGGUCAAUAGGGUCCAAAACGUUUUGGGGACCCAUUAGGUCAUAUGCCAGAGCGUUUGGAUCUGGUUGAUGGGAAGGUCAACACGGCUGUGCACCGCCACAGGCCUUUCGCCUCGAGCGACGAAGGUCAGGGUGUGUGCCCUGGGUUGGACGAUGUCCACGAUAGUGGUCCAAGGAUCUGUAGCUCAACCUUGCAAGAUGAAGCUCGGAAGGUCCGCCUUCUUGGACACCGCGCAGGCUGGGCUGGAUGGUGACACUGGCUUCCCCGGGCCGGAGAUGCACGUUGAGCUCACUAGACGUGGAGUAUGCCGUUUGCGGCUUGCUCUUGUCUGAUGCGAAGCCCCUUAGAGCUCCUGCCUCUGGGCGGUCGAGCUCAGGAGGCAACGCAAAAGUGAGGGCCGUGCUUCCCCGGACUUCCCCGGAGAUCCACGUGGAGCUCAUUAGACGUCGGGUAUCCCGUCCGCGGCGUGCUCCUAUCUGAAGGGCUCAGGGAGCUAUUACUUUCCUGGACAGUGAGGUAGCUAAGGGCAAUGUUGACUACCCAGGUGGUCUAGCGGCCCUGGUGCUCCACUGACGCUGCCACUUGGAGGAGUCGACAAAGUCUCCCAAGCUGCUUUCACCCUCCACGCUAUGGCGGUCAAUAGGGUCCAAAACGUUUUGGGGACCCAUUAGGACAUAUGCCAGAGCGUUUGGAUCUGGUUGAUGGGAAGGUCAACACGGCUGUGCACCGCCACAGGCCUUUCGCCUCGAGCGACGAAGGUCAGGGUGUGUGCCCUGGGUUGGACGAUGUCCACGAUAGUGGUCCAAGGAUCUGUAACUCAACCUUGCAAGAUGAAGCUCGGAAGGUCCGCCUUCUUGGACACCGCGCAGGCUGGGCUGGAUGGUGACACUGGCUUCCCCGGGCCGGAGAUGCACGUUGAGCUCACUAGACGUGGAGUAUGCCGUUCGCGGCUUGCUCCUGUCUGAUGCGAAGCCCCUUAGAGCUCCUGCCUCUGGGCGGUCGAGCUCAGGAGGCAACGCAAAAGUGAGGGCCGUGCUUCCCCGGCCUUCCCCGGAGAUCCACGUGGAGCUCAUUAGACGUCGGGUAUGCCGUCCGCGGCGUGCUCCUGUCUGAAGGGCUCAGGGAGCUAUUACUUUCCUGGACAGUGAGGUAGCCAAGGGCAAUGUUGACCACCCAGGUGGUCUAGCGGCCCUGGUGCUCCACGGAUGCUGCCACUUGGAGGAGUCGACAAAGUCUCCCAAGCUGCUUUCACCCUCCACGCUAUGGCGGUCAAUAGGGUCCAUAACGUUUUGAGGACCCAUUGGGUCAUAUGCCAGAGCGUUUGGAUCUGGUUGAUGGGAAGGUCGACCCGGCUGUGCACCGCCACAGGCCUCGCGCCUCGAGCGACGUAGGUCAGGGUGUGUGCCCUGGGUUGGACGAUGUCCACGAUAGUGGUCCAAGGAUCUGUAGCUCAACCUUGCACGAUGAAGCUCUGAAGGUCGGCCUUCUUGGACACCGCGCAGGCUGGGCUGGAUGGUGACACUGUGGAGAUAUUCUAUGGUGAAGAAGCAGACUGUUCCGUGACCCGAUCAUCUAUGGAUGCUGAGGUCCUGCGCACAGCGUGCCCUCCAUCAGCCCCGCCUCCCCGCGGUGGCCCCUCUGAUACUGGGCCCUCCAAGGAUGGCCCGUCAUGCAGGAGGAGGCCUCUACCCUGUUGGGUAACUGCCUCAGAGGGGCCCUGACAGGAGAGCCGUGGCGAUGGAGAGUACACACUCUCUCCGGGCUUCCCACAGUGAUAUAGCUGCCUUCCACAAUGUUCUCGUGACGUUGCGUCGGCCGGCGGUAACACUUAGCAGGUAAGUAGGCAGAGAAGUCAAACCUCUCCGGGGUCCCACCCUGUGUAAGGUGACCGCUCUGUCAGCCACUAACCAGCCUCCCUGGCACGGUGAAGCAGAUCAUCCUCGGGUUUCGCAACACGGCACCUGCCGUUACGCACGAUCCAUCUCGCUCAUCACAAUCGCCUGGAGGGUAAGUUUCUUGGUUAACAUAACCUCGUCACCAGGUUCUCAGGAGCGCGACUCCGGCCGCGCUCCGUACCCUCUUAGGACCGUAGGUCCUACAUGGCCUUCGGGCAUGUGAGCCCCUCGGAGACGCCUCUCGUCCUUAUUACGAUGAAGGCCGCUCUUGAUGGCGCUUGCCUCUGCAAGAGGGUAGGGACCUCCAGUAUUCUUCGUGUCCCAUGGGUGCCUGGAAAUUGGGCGGUAGUCUUCUGAGAUACCGGCCUGGUUACGUGCCCAAGGUUCCCACACUCCCUUCCGGGUCCAGGUGGUGAACCUGCAGGCGCUCCCUCCCGGGAGAGAAGACCCAACCUCCUACGUGUUGUGUCCAGCGCACUGCGCCUCUACUUGGACCGCACACAGAGCAUUAGCUCUGAGCAGCUCUUGUCUGUUCAGAAGCUGGACCAGGGGAGGGCUGUCUCAGACAGAGGCUUGCGGAUUGGAUUGUGGGCGAACAGUAUUAGCUUGUUGUGUUUUUUGUUGUUGACUAGUUUUGUUUCCAGACUUGCUCAUACCUAGUUUAAGUGCUAAAGACAAUCUUCUCUGUUUAGGUCUCUCUAUAGUCAAUAAUAUUAGUUUUUUGACAGCCCUAUUAGUUAUUUUGAUGUGUGCGUGAGCGUCCUCUACAGUAAUAUCAUCUUCUUUUGUGUCCAUGUUUUAUCUCCGGGUUUCCGGCGACGCCUGAGAUUGACAGAUCCAGCUCCGGUUCGGCCUGAGGAUGUCCCCCUGAUGACCUUUCUCUGUUUUUUCUCUAUCUUCUCUUUUCUCUCAAACUUAGCUACUAAUAGUAUUGCAAAUAGCUGGUUCGCUUAAUAGAUGAUAGAUAAAUGGGCUAAACAUGUAAUAGUAGCAGUAAAUUAUCUUAUUAUUCUAUAUAAUAUGAUGCAAUUCUCAAAGCAUUGUAGCAAGUGAGAGCCUUCAGGUUGACUCGGUCGAUCUAAUACGCUCGUCUACAUCUCAUUCAAUUUUGAUACAAUAAUUUAAUAACACUUUGAAUAUAAUGGUCUGAUUACUAGUUAUUUAUCCACCCAAUGAUUAAUUUUAAGAAAAUUCAGGAUAUCAGUCCAACACCGCGGUAUAAUGAGCACACGCACGCUCUCAAGAGAGCAGCCCGUAAAAUGGAGCGUAACUUUAAAAAAACAAAAUUAGUGGUUUUUCGCAGAGCGUGGAAAAAUAAAAUUUGAACUUAGAGGAAAGCCCUAAAAACAUCUCGAUCAGCCUUCGUUUCAUCAAUAGUCAAAGAAAAUCAGCAAAAUCGACACAAAAAUGAACCAUCAGCGUCAUUAGAUGUUUUGACAUCAGCAUAGUAUUAUUAUAUUAUAUUGCAAUAAGGUAUUAGACUUUUAGAUAUAAAGUAUAAAGAUAUAGAUCAUAUUAAAUCUAUCAUCUAGAUUUAGCUUGUAGAGAUGCAGCAGUAGUGCCAGAGGAGAACUGGUUCCCCUGGCUGGGUCUGGGUUCUCCCGAGGUUUUUUUCUCCACUGGAGUUUUGGGUUCCUCGCCACUGUUUGCACACUUGCUGCACUUGUUUUGCCCGCCGGGGGGCUGCUGACAUCAGCUUUAGAAUUUUGUUCCUAUCAAAUGUUGCGUGUUGCUCUCCUUAGUCUGAUAUGAUGCUCUGCAGAAAGAACAGUUUUUCGUGUAACAGCUGCGACAUUAAUGAUCCACAAGAAAGACAACGUAGCUCAGAAUGAUAAAAAAGCGUUGUGUUCUGCAACACACAGAGAAGCGAAGAAAAAGAGAAUGAAAAUCAAUAAAACGAUCUGCUUUGACAGCAGAAUGCAUAACAUCUGCACUGAUUUCUUUCUCAUCUAGACACAACCUCUACCUCCACUAGAAUAGUCUUUGUGCCAUUAACCAGGGUCAGUCAUCUCAUCGAAGCCUUAAUAAAAACUAAUGUUCAGGACAAGUAAACUGUCCAUGCUGUAAAUGCCUUAAAAUAAUCAAACAAUCUAUUUUAAUAAUAAAAAUAAUAGACAGAAACGUAUGUUUGUCCAACAAUAACAUGUAUAAUAGUGCUAAUGUAAUGUCUGAACAUAAUAUACCUGUGACAAUAAGAGUUGUUUCUAUUUAAAUAGCUCUGUUAACACAUUUAGUAUAUAUAUUUUUAUAUUAAAAACGUUGAAGACCCCUGGUUUAAUGUAUCGGUUAUAGUUAAAAUGUUUUCAUGUAAAGCUGCUUCAUGAAAAUUAUAAAAAGCGCUAUUUAAAUAAAAGUUGAGUUCAGUUAAGUUGAGUGAGUACUAGACACAAUUUUAUUUAAUGUUUUUACUUAAGUUCAUGUGUCAAAUCUCUUGUGUAAAUAAACUUAUUUUUUAACUA